AUGCCGCUCUACGACUACCGCGUCGCCAAAACCGCGUUGUCCGAAGGGGAGAAAGAUCGCAUUCUCGCCGUCUACCUGAACACCACCGCGGACGCCUCCUCCGUCAUCGAUUGGGAGACUGCCACCACCCACUAUGGCUCCACGUCGGUCGACUCCAUGAAAGUCUCGAUCUGGAAAAUCCACAGAAAACUGGCGAAAGCCGGCGCCAAGCGCGAGAUUAUGGGAGAUAAGAGCCCUUCGGGCUCUCUCAAGAUCAAGCUAGCAGCCACGGGCAGCAAGCGGAAGCCAAGCUGCAAUGGGAGCGGAGAGGCCGCCAAGGCCAAGCGGGGCCGCCCAAGCAAGAAGAAGGUCGCUGUCGCUGAGGCUGUCAAAGAUGUCGCCGAGGCUGUCGAAGAUGCCGGGGAGAAGGUGGAGGCGAAGGAGGCGAAGGUGGAGGUGAAGGAGGAGUAA